AUGCGAAUUGGUAUAACCGGUAGGGCCUUUACAGAUAGGCCCAGCCUUACUAUUAUUGCAUUCCUACUGAAAUUUAUGAUGAUACUAAUACCUUGUAACUAUUCACUGCUGCAUGCUAACGGUACGCCGAUCGUCAACAUUGAUGUCGUUGGACAGUCACCGGCCACCUCUUCUGCCCGGUAUAUUCAAUACAAAGAGGAAAAUGGAUCUGUCUUCGAUGAAAUAGCAAAGAAAGCAUUCAUUUCAUUGCAUUCAGAACCUUACAUUGAACCGCCAUUGUUAACUUUUGAUCAGAAGCGGUUAAAAUGGCUCCAACGAUACAUGCGAAAGCAAUUAAAAUCCGAGAAAAAGGGAAAGAAAAUGAUUUCUUCACCAAAAGAAGCAUUGCAUCAAGUGAAUCAAGAAGUGAGCUUAGGAAGAUUAGAUGAUUCAAGACCUACAGCACAUUGUGAUGGUCAAAUUUUCAAGCAACGUAUCCGUAUGGACGGCUGUUUAUCAAAGGUAGUACACAAUAGAUUUUGCCACGGGACUUGUUCUUCUUAUUUCAUACCACGUUUGAGGCCACGAAAAUUAAAACUAGAUGCUAUGUUCCAAAGCUGUUCAGUGUGUAGGCCAGCUGAGUGGGAUACUAUCGAGGUGAAACUGGACUGUCCAAGGAAGAAUCCAAAGGAACUGAAGCGAAAAGUAAUCAAAGUGAAAAAAUGUAAAUGUAUCGCAUUAGGCGGCAAUAAUCUAGAAAGUGAAGAAGAUGGUCGGUAA